AAUUCAUCAGCUAGGAUGGAUGUUGCUGAGAUUUCUGGAAUUUGAAGUCUACACAUCUGGAGUACAUGACAGCCGAUGGAAAUACAUGGCACCAUGCAAGUGAAAAUGCUUUCCGAUGGUUUACUGACUCCAACUGACUAAGAUAACUGGCAGGUGUAACAACAUAUCUAAUGGAGUCUGGAGCAAGAAAUAUUGGAGCUAUACCUAAGUCGGCUUGCCUCUCGAUGUCCUCUACCCUUUGUCACAAGAUGGGGGCUGGCUCUUGGGUGGACAGGCCAGUGACGUCACGGAAAAGCCCUGUGUCUGAUCAGAUGGGCUUAAUAUAAACCAGGUUUGUUGAGAAAGAAUCAAGUGAGGCAGUCCUUGAACAUAUGAAGGAUUUUCUGUGGGAGAUUUGCCUGGUGUUCCAUACUUUGAGAACUAAGGGAUUCUGAUCAAGAACAUCGACUGGCUGCAAAAGACAAUCAGGAAAAAACCAACCAACCAUCCAGCAAGUAUUGAAGGGAAAAAGCCAUGACCUUGAACAAUGUCACCAUGCGUCGCAACAGUGGCAGUAGUUGUGGUGCCUUGCAGCCUCAGCAGCAACGUUGGAGUGUUCCAACAGAUGGAAAACAUCUGGUAGUGCAGAAAGAGACCCAAGAGGCAAACUGCCAGAAAAGGUAUACCCUAAACCAUGAAGAAUAUUACCGCAAAAGCUGGUCAUCAGAGUCCUCUGAUUCUGUCAUCUCCACUGAAUCAGGAAACAGCUGCUACCGAGUAGUUCUCAUAGGGGAACAAGGAGUUGGAAAAACUACCAUUGCAAGUGUCUUUGCAGGUGUGCAUGACAGCUUGGACAGUGAUUGUGAACUUCUGGGAGAAGACAACUAUGAACGAACUUUGCAGGUAGAUGGCGAAAGUGCAACUAUAAUGCUUCUGGACGUCUGGGAAAACAAGAAGGAAAAAGAAUGGCUCCAAGACCAGUGCAUGAAAGUUGGAGAUGCAUAUUUAAUUGUCUAUUCCAUCACGGACCGGGCAAGUUUUGAAAGAGCAUCUGAGCUAAGGAUUCAGCUCCGCAGGGCACGGCACAUGGAAGACCUUCCUAUUAUUUUAGUAGGCAACAAAAGUGAUCUUGUAAGGUGCCGUGAAGUUUCUGUUUCAGAGGGCCGAGCCUGUGCAGUAGUGUUCGAUUGUAAGUUCAUUGAGACCUCAGCAGUUGUACAGCAUAACGUGAGGGAGAUGUUUGAAGGCAUCGUACGUCAAGUUCGUCUGAGAAGGGACAGCAGAGAAAAGAAUGAGAAGAGGCUGGCAUAUCAAAAGAGAAAAGAAACCAUUCCUAAAAAGGCGAGGAGAUUCUGGGGGAAAAUCGUAGCCCGAAAAAACAAGAAUAUGGCUUUCAAACUGAAGUCCAAAUCUUGCCAUGAUCUCUCUGUCCUUUAGGAACUUGGGACGCUAGACUUUUAUCUAUCACAAAUAUUCCACAUAAUCUCCAGAACUGAGAAAAGUCAAUCUAUAUUAGAUUGGUCAACAUAGCUCAUCUGGAAUCACAAUUGUGAUUAUUGUGAUGGUGCAUGCCUGCAAUAAAGCAAGCAUGGCCUCAUACAUAGAAGAAGGAAAGUCAUCUAUAUGUUUGGUUUAUAUUUGAAAUGAAUGAGCGUACUGGACUGGGAGGAGCAUUUUUAUGCUCUCUGAAAGAACAUUCCAAACAAUAUAGUGAGAUGAGUCUGAAAAAACACAACCUGUUUCCUGUGGAAAGGGAAACUCCUAUAAUUGCCUUCUUCCUAACCAACCAGUUGCUUUUCUUAAGUAUGCACUGCUAAGUCUUAUUCUUACAAUAUCAUCUGUUGCAGUGGCUAGAUAGGUAUCAGCAGCAUCAGCAGAUAAUCAGAUGCUCAUAUUACUAGGAACUCUAAAGCCAGCCACCCAUUGAUGAUUAUUGUCAUGAAGUCAACACUGCCCCAAUUCUAAAUCCAUUCACUUUCUGCCCUACUGGUUCUACACCCAUUUGUAUUCUGAUCUGGCACCUGGCAUGUUGCUUUAUAACCUGAGAUUCUAAAAGACAAAGUAGGCAGGCAUUGCAGCAGAUCUGAUAACAAUUCAAUUUUUAUGACUUUUUUUAUUAUUCCACCUCCUUUCCUCCUCACUGCCAAGUGAAACAAUAAAAGCAUGGCUACCUCUGAAAUAAAAGCACAUACAUCACAAACCAGCAAUUUCUAUGGCAUAGCAUCCUCAAUUAAUGGGGUCAUUGCCCACUGAAGAGGCAGGGAGGAAAUAUCUUAAUGUGCUAGGUGCACAUGUGCCUUUGAAUCAGUGUUAAUUCCUGGUGACUGCCAGAAAAAGUCCCUGCAUUUUUCUUGGCAAGAUUUUGGAGGUGGUAUGCCACUGCCUCCUUUCAAGGGCUGAGAGAGAGUGACUGGCCCAAGGUCAUCCAGCUGGCUUUGUGCCUAGGACGAGACAAGAACUCACAGUUUCUCAAUUUCUAGCUGGCACCUUAAUCAUUACACCAAACUGGCAUUCCUUAAUAUGGUUAAUUAUCUAGAGAUGCUUAUGCUGUUAUUCUCCAACAUGGAGAAUUAGUCUGAAUAUCAAUAAUAAAGAAUGUUGGGAGCUUUAGUUAAGUAAUUACUGUAUAGAAUAAACAUUUUCUUAUUUCUCCCUAGAGCCAUUCCGAAUUCCUAAAAACAGCAUAAUAAAGCCAGACAUACUCAGGAAAGGAGAGGAUAUUAGCUCACUCAUGAAGGGGAGUUCCUGUCUGAAUUCAAUUCAGUUUUUGCUAUAACUUACUUCAAAUCAACUUUCACUUGUAUCACUCCACAGCAUUAUUAUGGUAUGAAUGGUAGAUCCUGAAACUGAAACUCAUGCGUGAGAUGUAAAUUUUUGAGAAGGUGGAUUGCAUUUUAGUAAAAACCAAAAAGACAGUUUGUGCUCGAAACAAGUUUAUGACAUUACUUUUAUAUUUAUUAUCUUUCAGUUAUUAAUUGUAUUUUCAAUGGGUGAGCUUGAAGAGAGGAGGAUGGAAGGACUGUGGAAAAUAUAGUGUUGAAAUAUAUUUAUUAAAUGAUUUAUUUAGAAAACGUUGGUUUUUGUUACUGUUUUCUAUUAUCUUUUGGACUAAGCAACAUUUAUUUGCAUACCUUAAAAAUCAAUAAAAUACUUUAUUGCUCUUAAAA